UAGUAUCUGUUUGGUAAUAGUCAUCUCACUCUCACUCACAAACAAGAUUAACUCUGAUUGAAAAAAAAUUGACUACUCUCUGUUUUUUGCUACUGUUUGUAACGAUGAAUGCCUUGAUGAACGAGAAUUCUGGUCCGAAUCCAACAGAGCCGCUGCUGUUCGAGAAUGGCGGUGGCAGCACCACCGAAAUUGUCGACGACGGUCAGAGAGACGAAGUCAGUCCCCAGAGCACACACAGAGCCGCCUUCUUUGGCUUGCUUCCUCAUAAAGUCCGUUCUUGUAUAGUAACUGAUGGGCCUCCCUUCGACGUCACUGCCUUAAGCGAAGGAGAGAAAGAGUAUUAUGAAAGACAAUUCGCUACUCUCAAAUCACUUGAGGAAGUGGAUGCCAUGGUGGAACCUAAACUUGGCAGCAGCAUUGUUCAGGAGGAGGAGGAGGAGGAGGAGGAUGAAGAACAGGCUCACCAAGAAAGAGCCAUGAAGAUUUCUAACUACGCAAAUCUUGUUCUCUUGUUAUUAAAGAUUUAUGCCACAGUAAGGAGUGGUUCAAUGGCCAUUGGAGCAUCAACUCUGGAUUCUUUGCUUGAUCUCAUGGCUGGUGGCAUACUUUGGUUCGCUCACGUGUCAAUGAAGAACAUCGAUAUCUACAAGUACCCCAUUGGAAAGCUUAGGGUGCAGCCAGUGGGCAUACUUGUCUUUGCCGCUAUCAUGGCAACACUUGGCUUUCAGGUGUUAAUCACAGCCUUACAACAACUAAUAGAGGACAAGCCGAGUGAAAAGAUGUCUGCAGAGGAAUUAAUAUGGCUGUGCUCUGUCAUGAUAUUCGCGACGGCGGUGAAGCUUAUUCUCUGGCUUUACUGUAGAAGCUCAGAGAACAAGAUUGUUCGUGCCUAUGCAGAUGAUCACCACUUUGAUGUUAUAACAAAUGUGGUUGCAUUAGUCGCGGCUGUUCUUGGCAAUAAGUUUUUCUGGUGGGUUGACCCGGCAGGAGCUAUUCUGCUUGCGCUAUAUACGAUUUCAAAUUGGUCUCGCACUGUAAUGGAAAAUGCAGUUUCACUAGUAGGACAAUCUGCAUCUCCUGAAGUUUUGCAGAAGUUGACAUAUCUCGCUCAAAGUCACCCUAGCAUCAAGCGUGUAGACACUGUCCGCGCAUACACAUUUGGGGUUCUAUAUUUUGUGGAGGUUGACAUUGAACUGCCAGAAAAUUUACCCUUGAAAAUAGCGCAUACCAUUGGAGAGACUAUGCAGAUUAAGAUUGAAAAGCUUCCGGAGGUUGAGCGUGCAUUUGCUCAUCUAGACUUUGAGUGUGAUCACAAACCAGAGCACUCAGUUCUCAGAAAACUGCCCAACAAUCAGCCCUAAGCACAUUUUGAAGCUCCAUGCUGUGACGCCCAAACUUGUGAUGAAAACCUCUUUUUUUUAUUUAUGAAAAUGUAAGACUUAAUAUUUCUCAAAGUUACAACUUUAGUAAGAA